CGCUGGGGGACUGCUCUGGGGGUCACCGUCAUCUGUGUGUGUGUUCUGAGGCGGUGGAUCGCCGGUGGCAGAUGCAGAUGUUCUGUGAGACUUGACGGUAAAACGGCUGUUGUGACGGGAGCGAACACCGGCAUCGGCAAAGAGACGUGCCGAGACUUCGCCCAGAGAGGGGCGCGUGUCAUCAUGGCGUGCCGGGACCUGGUGCGCGGUGAGGCGGCGGCAGAGGAGAUCCGUACUUCCACAGGAAAUGGGAACGUGGUGGUGAGACAUCUGGACCUGGCCUCUCUGUUCUCCGUCAGAACGUUCUGCUCUGAGGUUCUGCAGACGGAGGAGAGGGUGAACCUGCUCGUCAACAACGCAGGAGUCAUGAUGUGUCCUAAGUGGCUGACGGAGGAUGGCUUCGAAAUGCAGUUGGCUGUCAAUCAUUUGGGUCACUUCCUGUUGACCAAUCUGCUUCUGCCAAAGCUCAAAAGCUCUGCCCCCAGUCGCAUCAUCACCGUCUCCUCCAUCGCCCACAAAGGAGGGGUGGUGGAUGUGGAGGACUUGUUCUUCAAUCGUAGGAGCUACACUCCUCUGCAGAGCUACAGACAGAGCAAACUCGCCAAUGUCCUGUUCACCCGCCAUCUGGCAAAGAGACUGACAGGCUCAGGGGUGUCCUGCUUCUGCCUGCACCCUGGGGUGAUCCGCACAGAGCUCGGGCGUCACGUGCAGUCUUCCUUCCCUCUGCUGGGGGCGCUGCUGAGCCUGCCUGCUCUUCUGUUAAUGAAGACGCCGUAUGAAGGAAGUCAAACGUCUGUCUACUGCGCUGUCACCCCCGGACUGGAGAGCAAGUCCGGGGCCUACUUCAGUGACUGUGCCGAGAAGGAUCCUGCUCCAGAAGCAAAAGAUGAUGAAACGGCUCUGAACCUGUGGAACGAGAGCUGCAGAUUGGUGGGACUAAACCCAGACUAA